AUGGCUUUUAGUAAACACGUAACUUUGACUUUAGAUCAAAAAAUUGAAAUAAUUAAGCUAAUGGAAAAUGGCCAGAACUAUAGUAUGAUUGCUGAGAAGUACGGAAUAGGUAAAUCGACUGUUGGUGACAUAAAAAGAAAUAAAGAGAAAAUUAUGAAGUUUGUCAGCACAACUGAACGUGGUCCAGGCAUACGUAAAACUUUAAAAGAACUGGAAAAUCUUGUUCUCGAAAAUGCUUUAUUUAUAUGGUUUAUGCAACAGCGGAGACGACAUAUUCCAAUAAGUGGUGAAAUAAUUUGCGAAAAAGCACGUUUAUUUCACCGUGAAAUAACAAAGCAGGAAGAUGGUUUCACUGCUAGUAGAGGUUGGCUAAACAAUUUUAAACAUCGUCAUGGUAUUAGGCGCCUUAAAAUAACGGGUGAGAAACUUUCAUGUGACGAAGCAUCAAUCGAACCAUUUCGAAAUGAGUUACAGCGAGUCAUAAAUGAAAACAAUUUGGACCUAGAACAAAUUUAUAACGCUGAUGAAUCCGGUUUAUUCUGGCGAAUUUUACCAGAGCAUACAUUGACAUCAAGUCAUGAGAAAAACGCCCCUGGAAGAAAAAUAAGGCUAGAAUAA